GCUGUGUUAGGAAAAGCGGGACUGUUCGGCAGUAUGAAAGCUGUGUGGGGGUAAGAACAUGCAGGCACCCUAGCAGCCCGAAUCACUCCCGAAGUGUGAAGCUCACAGACAGCAGAGGUGCCGGUAAUCGGAGUGAGUGCACCAUAACGGGGGCCACCUUGAGACCCCAAACCCGCUGGGCGGACGCCUCUGUCCACCCCUGAUGGCAGCCCUGGGCUACAUUGCAUGGACGCUGACCUCUGCAUCGCAAGGACUCCUUAAGGGGAAAAGGUUUGGAUAUUUGGCCAAUGGGCAGCAAGUGGCACUGAAUGCUAGCUGAGCAGCUCUCCAAAGCAUUGCAGCAGCUGGGAUGUUGCGCCAGAACGGAGGAGGUAACAGGCGUGGUUUGGGAUUUUCCCGGUUCUCUACCUCAAACUUCUUUACCAUAUCAAACUCUGCCAGCUGGGGAAUGGGACGGAGUACAAAAAGCAAUUCGCUGAGCAGUAUCAGCACCAAUUCGGAUUAUGACAACUCAAUUGUGGAUCCUGAAUAUAUAAUGUUGCUUGUGAAUGAUGUUCGGAAGUUUGCAGACGUACUCCUGUAUCUCAAAGAAGCAUUUGUGUCAACAGAAAAUCAAGAAAGCUUGCACCAUGUGGUCCAUGAUCGCCUUGGAGAGUUGUUACGUGUGCUGAAAACUGUUAUCACCAAACACAGCAUCCUUAAUUCUGUUGAUAUCCUUGGAGCUGCUGGUACGGUGAUUGCUAAAGUUAAAGCUGUAAACUUCAAAAACAUUAAUGAGGAGAACAAGAAGGAGCAAUUCAGUGAAAUCUUUUCAUCCAUUGAUGCAUUAGCCUUCACCUUCGGUAACGUUGUGUCAGACUUCCUUAUGGGAGAUGUAGACAAUGGGUCAACACUGGGACUUCAUGCAUCACGUAGGAGUCGGUCAUUUGAAAACAUUUCUGUGGACGAUUCAGCUGGAUCAAUUCAAAAGAGGGAUGAUAUUCCAGGGCACCUUAGGGCAGAAGAAGUGGACAACAUGCUUCUGCGGUACGACAGUGGAAUUGAAUCCGCACUGUCAUAUGCUAAAGCCUGGUCAAAAUAUACCAAGGAUAUUCUUGCCUGGGUAGAGAGAAGGCUUAGCGUGGAAAUUGAAACUGCCAGAAAUCUUGCAAAAAUGGCUGAAAGUGCAAGAUCCUUGGUUAAUAAUCAGGAGUAUAUGCCAUUCCAGUCCACCUUCUUAGCUGCUUUUCAGAAUGAUAUUGACAGCAGCCAAGUUUCUCUGCAAACAAUUGGUGCUCUUCAAAGCAACAAGUUCAUUCAGCCUCUCCAAGCUAGAAGAUCGGAGCUUGAUAAACAAAGGAAGGAAAUGAAAGACCUUUGGCAGCGAGAGCAGAAAAAAAUGCAAGAUCUGGAGGCAGCUUUACGCAAGGCUAAACUUUUAAAUGCCCAGCGACAAGAUGAACAUGAAAAAGCAAAGUCCAGUACAAUGCGAGCAGAGGAGGACUUGCUCAGCAUAAGUGGGGGACUUCAAAAGGAUGGUAGCAAACAACUAGAGAAGAGACGUCGUCUAGAAGAGGAAGCUUCACAGAAGGCUGAAGAAGCUAAAGAAUAUUACAAAGUAUGUAUGGCAGAAGUUGAGGAGAGGAGGAACUCUAUGGAAAACUUUAAGAGUGAGCUUUUAACGCAAAUUCGAGAACUUAUUUAUCAGUGUGAUCUCACUCUUAAAGCUGCAACAGUGAAUCUGUUCCAGUUACAGCAUAGCCAAGUAGUAUCCCUUCCGGUUAAUUGCCAGACCCUGUGUGAGAAUGCCAAGCUUUAUGAGCCAGGACAGCAGUAUUCAGAUUUUGUCAAAAACUUGCCCAAAGAAGAUGAUCCUAUUGAGACAGGAUCAUGUGAAGCUUCAAUUACAAACAUUGGAGGGUCACUUCUGUCUAAGCGACAAGAAGAUAAUGCACAUGCAUCACAAGGCAACUUAUCUCAAGGCUCGGGAGAAUUCCCUUCUCAGCCCCCUGAUGACAUUGGCAGCCCUGUUUAUAGACGAUCUAACAAGAUGGAGCAGAAAAGGUCCAGCAGCAGCAUAGAUAUUCCCGGAAUGAGAGGGCCACCGCCUUUUAGAUCUUGGUCUGUAGGGAACCAAAGUGGAGGCAUGUGUAGUGAUUCAGAGAGUGCAGGAGGCAGCAGUGAGUCCCGUUCUAUGGAUUCUCCAUCUGCAAGCCCAGGUGGUUUUAAGAGAAGGCUUCCCAGGACGCCAUCUACAGGAACUAUGUCAUCAGCUGAUGAUCUUGAUGAAAGGGAACCACCCUCACCUUCGGAGAAUGGUUUGAAUGACCUUGUUUCUGAGAUUGCCAAUUCUCCAGGGCCAUUUAGAAAUACUAAUAUGUCUAAGGCAGCCCAGACUCACAAAUUGCGAAAAUUAAGAGCUCCAUCUAAAUGCAGAGAGUGUGACAGCUUGGUGGUAUUCCAUGGAGCAGAGUGUGAAGAGUGUUCUCUUGCUUGCCACAAGAAGUGUUUAGAGACGCUGGCCAUUCAGUGUGGACACAAAAAGCUUCACGGAAGACUUCAUCUGUUCGGUGUGGAAUUUACUCAGGCCGCUAAAAACACCCAUGAUGGCAUUCCUUUUAUUAUAAAGAAGUGUACAACGGAAAUUGAAAGCAGGGCUUUAACUGUAAAAGGUAUUUAUCGUGUAAAUGGAGCAAAGUCUCGUGUUGAAAAGCUAUGUCAGGCUUUUGAGAAUGGAAAAGACUUGGUAGAGCUGUCAGAUCUAUAUGCACAUGACAUCAGCAAUGUUCUAAAGCUCUACCUUCGCCAGCUUCCUGAACCGCUGAUUUUGUUUAGACUCUACACUGAGUUAAUAGGAUUGGCAAAAGAAAGUCAACGUGCUAGUGAAGAAUUGGGGGUUAACUCAAGUAGCCCCACAUUAAAGAGACUGCCUUCAGGUGUUGAACUGAACAGAGUCAUUCUUAAAAUUAGAGAUCUACUGAAACAGCUGCCAACACCAAACUAUAACACACUACAGUACUUAAUUGGGCACCUACACAGAGUCACAGAAGAUGUGGAAGAAAAUAAAAUGUCCGCUAGCAACCUUGGGAUAAUAUUUGGGCCCACUCUUAUCAGACCACGUCAGACUGAUGCCACAAUUUCACUUUCCUCUCUUGUGGAUUAUCCUUAUCAAGCACGAAUUGUUGAACUACUUAUUACAUAUUAUGAUAGGAUAUUUGAUGUGUCAAGAAAGAUGUUGAAUCCUGAAGAAAGUCAACCUGAAUCAGUGAGUUCUACAGAAGAAAGAGAACCCCAACAAAUCAGGAAAUCACAGUCCUUGCCUGUUGGAAAGGAAGAUUUUUUACUGUCAAGACGGGCCAGCUCUUUGGAUGAAAAUUCAUUGCAAUUUAAAGGUGUAGAGGAGAGAGAACGAAAGCAGAGCAUGGAUGUACUAGAAGAGAUUGAGAAUAACUGCUGUCCAAAUGAUUUUAACAUGGAUUCCUCAUCAGAAGUGGUCAGUCCUGGGUCUACACUGAAUGACUGUGCUUUAGAUGAGCCUGAUUGUUCUAUGGAUACUAUUUCAGAAGGAGAAGUCAGCCCUGCUAAAAUGAAUGUGGAGGAACUUUAUAAAACGAACCUUUCUGCUCAUGGAAAAUCUUAUCAACAGUUAACCAAAGUUCAGUUGAGGGCUCCUAGAGCCCGACCUGUGGUCCGUCCUGUUAGUUUACCUGUGGAUCGACUUCUUUCUUCCUCAGUGUUGAAUGAAAAGAAUUCCAGAAAUGUUUCUAGUGGAGACAAACUUGGCCAGAGUCCUAUUAUUGAAGAGGUUUCUGAUAACAAACCAUUCCCUACUGUUAAUUUAUGUCACAGACUUUCCUGUUAUGACACCCAAGGUCAAAAGAAAACAUGGGAUAAGCAAUACAAACAGUAUGACAUUACCCCGCGAACUGCCAUGAUUAUGACCAACGUUCCCCAAGAAAUCAGAGCACAUGAUUCCGGAUCUGCAGUUACCAAUUUGUCAUCUAAUGUUAAUUCAGUGAAUUCCACACUUCCCAAAAUAUCUGCAUUUCCUGCCAAAGCUAGCGUGAUGGCAAGUGAAGGGAAUUAUGCCGAGGCCAGUCCAGUUUUGGCUUUAAGGGCACCGAGAACUUUGCAGCCUCCACCAGGAACUUUUUACAAUCCUCCAUCAAAUAAAUCCAGGCUGAGUGAAGAGACAAAUCAGAGUAAUAUAGCCUCAGUAAGCUCAGCUCAGAUACAGUUUAACAACAACAAUGUGAAUCUUGUUACAGAUUCAGAUGGAAAAUCUGACAUGCAGGGACAAAACAAAAGCCCCUGCAAUAUGACUGAAUUGCAGACAACAGAAAUAAAGCCAACCUAUCAGAGACUUAGGCCAAAACGCAUGCAGGAGCUAGAACACAGAGAAGCGCACUUUGUGUAGACAGAAUUUUAGCGCUGCCUUCUUGUUAAAUAAUGGGAGAUAUUGUUUGUGCCAAUAUGUAUUUUCUUUUUUGUAUUCCCUUAACUGGAAAAACCAUUAAGUAAAGUCUGAAUUUGUCUUCUAUAUACAAAAUAUCUGUUUGUUUCCAUUCCUCAAAUAGAAACCCUGUAUUGCCAAGAUAUUCAGGCUGCAGCCCUCUACCUGUUUCCCUACAGCUGGGGGGCCAUGAAGUUGGAAAGACCUGGUAUAUAGGGUGCACUUAGUGAGGUAUGAUUUUAAAAUGAAUGUGCUUAUUUAUAACAAGACACAGUAUGGAACUGUGGAACAAAAUUGUUUUUUAACUGUAAAUUUGUGUAGCGAGGAAAAAUUAAGGUGUUGCAUUUCCUAUGACAGAAGCAAAGCAUUUGGACUUUGCUGAUUGACCACAUUUAACCCGUGCAAUUCAUGCGUGCUUCUAUUUAGGCAAUUAAAAAAGCCUUUAUGGAGUUUUGUGGAUCAUAACUGUAAAUUUUACACACACACUGUUUUCAUCAGUUGCUAUUUUUAUGUGUUGUCACUUUAUUGUAAAUUUUUUUACAGAAAUGAUGCACUUACUAUGGUUGAAUUUACAAAACGUGUAAAAUAUAACUUAAAAUGUGAAAUAAAUGCAGUUUCUUUUUACAUCAGAUCUAUAGUGAAUAGGUCAAUAUACAGCUUUUUUUUCUGCCGCAUUUCCUUUGGUUGUCUAUUGCCACGGUCAGACAUGGAUGAAAAUCCUGGCUCUCCUUUCUCACCAUAUCUUUAUUGGAUGUCAUUAAAUACAAAAACAAAACAAUGACUUGCCAUUACGUAAUCCUUUACAACCGACCAAAAAUGUGACUGCAUUCAGUAUUUUUUUGUAUUUUUUACAAUUUUACUGUUACAUAUUCUCAAACAAAUAUAUUAACUUUUAACAUAUUCAGAGUUAUAUAAUUUUGGUUUCUUUUAACUUAUUAAAAUGUAGACUAUGAACAUAUUACCAAUAUGAAAUGGAAAGCAAUAUGUGCACAUGUGUAUUGCAAUGCGUUUUGCAUAUUAUAAAUAUAAGGUAUUUUAUUACAUUAGUAUAUAAAGCUUUUUUAAGGCAUCAACCAAAAAUAAAAUAUUUUAAGUAAUCAAACUGAAAA